AUGUCCAAAUGCACCCAAUUAUUCCCACCGUCCCCCAAGUUCACUGAUGAGGACGUUCCAGAUCAAAGCGGCAAGGUUUUCAUUGUCACUGGUGGUGCGGCGGGGGUUGGAUUUGAAGUAUCGAGGAUCUUAUAUGGAAAGAACUCAACGGUUUAUAUUGCAACGAGAACUGCAUCAAAGGCUAAAAACGCCAUAGACAACAUGAAGAAACAAUGCCCCGGAAGUCAUGGGAGGUUAGAGUUUUUGGAUCUUGACCUCGCGAAUCCAGAGACUAUCAAGCCUGCAGUAGAGAGCUUCAUGUCUAAAGAGCAAAGACUUGAUGUAUUGUUCAAUAACGCAGGCGUUAUGGGCACAAGUCCCGAUCAGAAAACCAUACAGGGCUACGAGUUGCAACUAGGAACCAACGCUCUGGGCCCCUUUCUCCUGACUAGGCUCCUCGAACCAAUCCUCUUAAGCACUGCCGCCCAGCAAAAGUCCUUCGGUAAUGUGAGAAUUGUAUGGGUCGGUUCUAUGUUGGACAUCGGCACCCCUAAAGGGGGCAUUGUAUGGGAUGCCCAAACAAACGAACCAGCACUACACUCCGAGAUGAUGGCGAAUUAUAUGCAAUCCAAAGCAGGAGUUACCUUUCUUGGUCACGAGUUUGCUAAGAGACUUGGUGACAAGGGGAUCAUCUCGAUGUCCUUACACCCAGGGAUGAUGAGAACUGAGCUGCAAAGAAAUAUGCCAGCACCAGUGCGUACAGCUAUGGGUGCGGUCUUCAAGGGACCUACAUAUGGUGCCUAUACGGAACUAUUCGCGGCUUUCUCAUCCGACAUCACAAGAAAAGACAAUGGCAGGUAUAUCAUUCCUUGGGGUCGUCUUGGCUCGGUUCCAGGGCACAUGGCAGGAGGUAUGCGAUCGAAAGAAGAUGGAGGCAAUGGUCUAUCGGAGAAAUUCUGGAACUGGUGUGAAGCAACCACUCGCUCGUAUCAAUGA